UUCCUCCAAGUCCUCCAAUAAUUCAAGGAUAUCAAGAUGGUGACGUUGUACAAAUUGGAGAUAUGAUAGUUCUUAUUUGCAUAUCUCGAGGUGGUAAACCAGCUCCACGAAUCAUUUGGUACCGAAAUGAUGUCCUCGUAGAUAUGACACAUUCGAGUACGGGUUACGAGACAACAAACACUUUCACAUUUACUGCAGGAAUCGAAGACAAUAAUGCUGUUUUUCGAUGCGAAGUUUCCAAUGCUCUUACAAAGGAACCAAUGAAGAAAGCAAUUACUUUUAAUGUAUUCUUUCCUCCAAGUCCUCCAAUAAUUCAAGGAUAUCAAGAUGGUGACGUUGUACAAAUUGGAGAUAUGAUAGUUCUUAUUUGCAUAUCUCGAGGUGGUAAACCAGCUCCACGAAUCAUUUGGUACCGAAAUGAUGUCCUCGUAGAUAUGACACAUUCGAGUACGGGUUACGAGACAACAAACACUUUCACAUUUACUGCAGGAAUCGAAGACAAUAAUGCUGUUUUUCGAUGCGAAGUUUCCAAUGCUCUUACAAAGGAACCAAUGAAGAAAGCAAUUACUUUUAAUGUAUUCUUCAAUCCGAAGAAUUUGACAAUCAUUGGUCCAAGUGAAGCUCAUCUGGGAGAGACCAUCACGCUUCGUUGUCAUAGCGACAUCAGCAAUCCUCCUACACAACUUUCGUGGGUUGUGAAUAAAAAUGUCGUCAGAUCUGUGGAAACAGAAAGUUUUCAGACAGUUGAUGGAUGGGUGACAUCCUCCAAUCUCAGCAUUACUAUCAACAGGCAG